AUGACGACUACCGGUGUUGAGGGCUCCGCCGGGUUGUCGGCCGCUCCGUUCUUGCAAGGCAUGGCCCAGCUGCGUCCACCGUCGCCGUUCGACUUCGACAACCCCAGCUCAUGGCCAACAUGGCUGCUGCAGUUCGAGGACUUCUCGUUCGCUACCGGACUUUACGUCGCGCCGGCAGAGGUACAAGUGCGCUCCAUGCUUUACUGUAUGGGCCCGCAAGCCAGGGUUGUCCUCGCGUCGACCACGCUAGGCGAGGCGGAUAUGAAAGACGUCGCCGCCGUGAAAAAGGCUUUCACCGACCACUUCGUGCACCCGCCGAACGAGCUGUACGAGUCAGCGCGGUUUCACCGCCGUACGCAGCAACCAGGUGAAACGGCCGACGCAUUUUUUACGGCGCUCCGGACAAUGGUCAAGUCCUGCAACUAUCCGUCGCCCGAAGUCGAAGAGCGGCUCGUCCGAGACCGUUUUCUCGUGGGCUUGCUCGACCGCGAACUCUCGGACAAGCUCUGUCGGAACCCGAAAAUGACGCUACAAGAAGCGCUGACGUACGUUCGUCAGCACGAAGACGCAAGUAACGAGCGCAGAGCUCGUGACUCGGCAGAGGCAUCUUCGUUCGCCGUCGACGCCGCUCGCCUUCGCAAGGGAAAGCAAGCGCCAGCUGAUAAGACAACGCAACAGCUGUGCCCAUUCUGCGGACGAGCGUCACACCCUCGCGCCGACUGUCCCGCUCGCAGUGCGUCAUGCAACUAUUGUCGCAAGAAUGGCCAUUUCGAAAGCGUGUGCCGCAAAAAGAAGCGUGUAAACGGGAAGCACACAUGGAAGCCUUUGGCCAGCUCCAUCGAGUUGCAUGCAGUUGCGGGAGAGCGCCCGAACGCGAAGUUCGUCGAGGUACUCGUCGAUGGGCGCCCACUUUCCUUCAAGGUGGAUUCCGGCGCCGAAGUUUCAGUUGUACCCAGUACGUUUUCCGGCGUCCCGUCGAAGCUUCAAGACCCCAAGAGCGAGCUGAAAGGCCCAGGCAACAACAUCCUGCUGAUCAUAGGCACUUACGUUGCUACCCUGUCGUGGCACGUAAAGUCAACCAAGCAGCUUCUCUACGUCCUAGCAACCAAGACGGUCCCGCUGCUAGGCUUCCCAGCAAUUCAAGCCUUGGGCGUCUGCACGUUUGUCGAUGAAGUCGCGAGGACUUCACAGCCCACGGGUGACUUUUGUUUCGAUCCCAGUCUCUUCCGAGGACUUGGGACGCUCCCCGAAGCCUACACUAUCAGGCUGCAACCCAAUGCUACGCCUUUCUCGUUGAGCGUACCCCGGCGCAUUCCACUCCCUCUUCGCGAUGUCGUCAAGACUGAGCUAGACAAGCUAGAAGCGGAGGGCAUGAUUCGUCGAGUGGACACACCCACUGACUGGUGUGCUGGGCUGGUUGUCGUCCCCAAGGUCUCGGGCGGCUAUCGGCUGUGCGUGGACUUGACUCGCCUCAAUAAGGUGAUUCUUCGAGAGCGUCACGUGCUCCCUACAGUGGAACAAUGCCUCGGAUUGCUUGGAGAGGCUACAGUUUUCUCCAAGUUAGACGCCACGUCAAGCUUCCACCAGGUCAAGCUGUCCCCCGAGUCCCAAGAAUUGACCACAUUUAUAACCCCGUUUGGACGCUAUUGUUUUCUCCGGCUGCCGUUUGGGAUCACGUCUGCACCGGAAUACUUCCAGCGGCAGAUGUCCCGGAUCCUCGAAGGCCAAGCGGGUGUGGUGUACAUGAUUGACGACAUCCUCGUCUUUGGGAAGACACGCUCCGAGCAUGACCGCCGUCUCCGACAACUCAUGGACCGGCUAGCAAAGGCAGGAGUCACACUCAACCGCAAGAAAUGCUCGUUUGCGACUUCGAGUGUCAAGUUCCUUGGCGUCGUGGUCAGCGCGGAAGGAAUUUCUCCAGACCCAGACAAGGUUGCAGCGAUCCGAGCCAUGCAUCUACCCGAAGAUGUCGCAGGGGUUCGUCGCCUGCUAGGCCUCGUGAACCACAUUGGACGCUUCUUACCGCAUGUUUCGGAGGUGACUGCGCCGAUCCGAGCACUGCUGCUCAAGAACUCUGCCUGGACUUGGGGACCGGCGCAGCAGUCUGCCUUCUCCGAACUGAAGAAGCUACUGUGCUCAGACCUCUGCGUGGCUCGCUACAACACGAUGUACAAGACCACGAUCUCAGCUGACGCCAGCUCCUAUGGUCUCGGGGCAGUACUUCUCCAAGAACAGCCGUCCGGUGAGCGUCGAGCCGUCGCCUUCGCAUCGCGCGCCCUCACAUGCACGGAACGCCGGUACAGCCAAACAGAAAAAGAAGCUUUGGCGGCCAGCUGGGCGGCACAAAGGUUCGAGGAAUACGUCCGUGGACCCCAGUUCUUCCUCGAGACGGACCAUCAACCGCUAGUGGCGCUCUUGGGUUCCAUGGAUGUUGACCUGCUGCCACCACGGAUCCAGCGGUUUCGCUUGAAGCUCAUGCGUUUCCAGUACUAA